AUGGACGUCUGUGUGCGUUUCAAAAUUCAAACACCUGGCGAGGAAGUCUCUUUCCGUAUUUCUGUGGACUUCUGCGGACGUCUGAUUGAAUCUGCGAAUGAAUCAAUACACAGAGCGAUGCAGGAGCUGAAUAACAGGAAUCUGGAAGUGGCAAUCGAGCAUGAAGAGUUUAUAGCUAAUUUGACAAGGAAGGCUUUGAAGCAGCAUUGUCUUCAUUGGCUGACCCGAAGGAAAAAAGAUACAGAGGCAGAAGUGGCAAAACUCAGCGAUAGAGUUCAACACCUUCAAAGACUGUACGAGCAUCAGGAUACAGUGCUCGGAGAAGUUCUUGGUUCAGCCUCAUCUGAACUUGAGGUCGAAUUGGAUCGGAUGAGGAGUUACCGUGAUACUCUCUACUCAGGAGAACUCCUUUGGAGAGAAGCAUCAAGACUCACCCAGGCAGGAGCCACCCUGGCAAGAGCUGGAUUCCAGAGCUGGGCUACUAAUAACACAACUCUGUCAACGGGAUUGAUUGGUGGAAGAGAUACACCAUGCAGCAGCUCCAGUCGUAAAGUCGAGAUGGAUGUUAAGAAAAAAGUAAUGGCGGCCAAUAACAAUGCAUGGAGCAGUCAUCGUGUCGAGGAGCAUGUCAGGGAGCAGACAGGUCUCACUCCAAGAUGA